AUGAUAAAUUCUUUAAAAUAUAUGAACGAAAUAUUAUUAAAGAAGCAAUUAAAAAGUAGGAAUAUUUUCAAGAAAAGUAUUUUCAAUUAUUCCAGCUGUAGUAUUACUAUUGUAGAUAAGUUAGAAAAUACUAAGAUUAAAAAGGUAUAUGGGAAAGUAUCAAAAAAAGAAAAAGCACAAGAAAAGGAAGAAAAGAACUUUUGCGAAGAAACAGAUAACCCUUUGAUAAAAAGAAAUUUUGAUUUAUACAAAGAGAAUAAAGAAAAGUCUAUAUUUUAUGAAAGUGAAAGAAUUAUAAAAUGUAUAAGUGGCUCAGGUGGUAAUGGUCAUAUGAGCUUCAAAAAAUACAAAAGAAAAGUUUUUGGAUCUUUAGGUAUACCUAAUGGGGGUAAAGGAGGAAAUGGUGGAAGUAUAUACUUAUGUUAUACACAUGGAAAGGAAAAUAUAAAAAAAAAACCCAAGAGAAAUAAAAUCCAAACUGUUUAUAGUAAUAAAGAUAAAUAUAUAUAUAUAAAUAAUUUGAGUGAACUUUCUACAUCUCUUUAUGCUACUGAUGGAGAAAAUGGAAAAGCUAAUCAAUUGAGAGGGAGGAAUGGCAAAAGCAUUUUUAUUUAUUUGAAUAAAAUAUGUCACGUGUAUGAAAUUUUUUCAGACGAUAAGAAUGUAAAUGCGUGCGAUGAUAAUAUAAAUGAAUGCGAUGAUAAUAUAAAUGAGGGCGAUGAUAAUAUAAAUGAAGGCGAUGAUAAUAUAAAUGAAGGCGAUGAUAAUAUAAAUGAAUGCGAUGAUAAUAUAAAUGAGCGUAAUGAUAAUAUAAACAUGUAUGAUGAUAAUAUUAAUAAUUGUAAUACCUUCAAUGAUGUAUUAAAUAAAAAUGAUUGGCACCUAAAGAAAGAAUAUAAUUAUUUUUCAAAUUAUGAAAAUAAUGUGUAUAAUGUAUUAAAAAGAAAUGAUCCUGUUUAUAUCAAACGAAAUAAUCAUAUAUUAAAAGAAAUUAUGAAUAUAGAUAAAAAGGUAAGGAAACAAAGAUUUAUAGGUAUAUUGAGUGAGAAUAACAGUUGUAUAUUACUAGCUAAAGGAGGAGAAGGCGGAAAAGGAAAUAAUAUGAAUAAUACGUUUUCAUAUGAAAAUGGAAAAAAAGGUCAAGUUACAUAUAUAAAAAUAGUUUAUAAAUGUAUAAGUGAUAUUUGUAUUAUUGGAUAUGAACAGUCAGGUAAAUCUAGCAUUCUCUCAUUAAUAACUCAGAAAAUAGAGACUGCUAAUAAUUUAUAUAUAUUAAAAAAAAUAUAUUUCACUGAUAUGUAUCAAAUAUCUGUGGCUGAUUUUUUUAAUAACGAGAAACAAAUAAAAGAAGACAAAAAUGUAAGUCUAAACGAAGAGAAUAGAAAUAUUCCUUCAUUUCAUAUAAAUGAAAAUAUAUUCAACUUUUUGGGGUUAACACACCUUUUGGUUAUUGUUCUGGAUAUGAAUUACGAUUUGAUAGGGCAAUUUAAAACUAUCAGAAAUCAAUUAAAGAGAAGGGACGAACAAAUAUAUAGGAAACCAUACAUUGUGGUUAUAAACAAAUGUGAUGUUAAUUUUAAAGAAAAAAUUAAAGACACAGAAAAAGCUUAUAACGAAAUAAAAAUGUAUGAUAAUGAUGUUGCUAUUUUUUUUCUGAGUGCAAAAUAUGGCAUAGGCAUAAAUGAAUUCGUUAGCGGCUUAAGGAGCUCUAUAAUUAAAUUGAAGAAAAAUGGUACUUAG